AUGGGAGAGCCUGCUGAUACCCAGGGGAGUCCUGGUUUUGAGGAUUCCCUAGACUCUCCAGAGCCCUCAGAUGCAUGCAGCAACCAGAAAGUUCCCCUCAACUCUCCGGAGAGAAAGAAGAAAACACGCACUGUGUAUUCAAAGCGAGAAAAGGAGCUGCUGGAAGAACAUUUCAAUGACUGCAUGCAACCAAGCGGGGAGAAAUGCAUGGAGCUGGCACAAAAGAUUGGCGUGACAAAGCAACAGAUCCAGAUCUGGUUCAAGAACCAACGGGCCAAGUACAAACGGAAGAAUGCUUCAACAGGAGCACCAGCGACAAGUGGAAGCUGUGAAGGUGUUUCUGAGUCAACCAGUUCCUGUGGUCCCUUAUCUGAACUUGCCCCUGACAAUGGAGAGUCCAUGUCUCCAGGUACAUGUUGUGUGGGCUCCAUUCCCAACCUCAACCCCUGCCUGGAAGCUUCUCUCCAUGGUGAUCAGGUCUGCGAGGGUGCCGGGUGUAGUCCCAAAGAGAACAUGUUUGAUUUUGAAUCCCCACUUGCAGCUGCCCACUCUGGCCAACCAGAAGCAAAUGAAGCCCCAACUGACCCAGCAGUAGCUGAAGGUACAGCUUCAGCUGAAUCUCCCCUUCCCAUGGCAUCUGCACCCCAAGAACCAGAGGAUGCUCAAGACACAGAUUCAUCUUCCGAUAAGCUCUGGCAACAAGUCCUUAAGGACUUGGACACAUUAGAGGGCUGUUAG